AUGUCUUUCUCGAACAAAGAUUUGACUCGAAUUGCAGAAGAUCGAAAGAUUCAAAAAUUUCAUUAUAAUAAUUUUGAAGAUAUUGAAGCAAUUGCAAGGGGAGGAUUUGGUGCAGUCAAUAAUCUUGAUUGGAAAACUAAAAUUAAAAUGGCUCAAGAUAUAACAAAUGGUUUAUGUUAUAUGCAUAAAGCAAAUAUUGUUCGAGAUUUACAUUCAAAGAAUGUUUUAGUUCAUGAAGCAGGAGGAAUAUAUGCGUACUCAGAUCCCGGAUAUAUACGAAAUUAUAUAAUGUAUAAAAGAAGUAAAGCUUCUGAUAUUUAUAGUUUGGGGGUUCUGUUUUGGGAGCUUUCAAGUGGAAGACCUCCAUUUAAUAAUAAAGACGAUUUCGAAAUAUUAGAAAUGGUUAAAUCCGACAAUCCAAAGCAAAGACCAACCAUAGAAAAUAUUUGCGAUUCUCUUGAAAAUAUUCGAUUCGAAAACAUAUAUCAUAAUUCUAACAAAAAUAAUCAAUAUAUCCAGGUGGAGGUUUAUGCUAAUAAUCAAUUAAAUAAAUUUAAACCUAUGAAAUCUUACAAUAGAGAUUCUAUAUCAAUAAUUUCAAUUGAAUCAAAUAAUAAAUUUUCUUUCGGAACUUCGAUCAGCCUAGAAAAUUUAGAAAUUGCAGUUAUAGGAAAUUCUGGAGAAUCUUACGACCAAGAAUGGCUCAAUAAUGAACUUAAAAAAAUAUAUGGACAUGAUGUUUUUGAAAAUCUUGAAGAAAUUGAUUGUUGGAAACAAGACCCAGAUCAGCGUCCAGUUAUUGAGAAAGUUAUACAAGAUCUUGAACAUGUCAAAACAAUUGUUGAAUCAAUAGGAUCAAUAGA